CUUUGUUUAGUACCACCAAAGACUGUCACUUUAGUUCGGAACAAAACACUACACAAUUUAGCCAAAGAAAAUAUAAACACAAAUAGCCAGAGAGAAAACCCAACAACCGAUCCCUCUCCUUACUACACAAUUUAGCCUUACGAUCCCAACACUCCCCCUGAGUUCUGAACUGUGAAGCUUCGGUUGUUCUUGCUCAUAAAAUUCCAAAAAAAAAAAAAAAGAUACAUAUCGUGAUUCAAUGGAUUCAAACUCGUUAUCUUUACCAAGUUCUUCAACUUCUUCUACCAGCAAAUGGAAGUAUGACGUGUUUCUCAGUUUCAGAGGUGAGGAAACUCGUUACAAAUUCACGGAUCAUCUAUACAUAGCUUUAGUACAGAAAGGCAUUGUCACUUUUAGGGACGAUGAAAAACUUAAGAGAGGAAAAUCUAUUUCAUCAGAACUGCUGCAAGCUAUAGAAGAAUCGAGAUUUGCUAUUGUCAUUCUCUCAGAAAACUAUGCAACUUCAUCUUGGUGCUUGGAUGAACUUGCAAAGAUCAUUGAAUGCAAGAAAGAACUGGGAAUGACAGUUUUCCCUAUUUUUCACUAUGUGGAUCCUUCUGAUGUACGGAAACAAUUGGGACUUUUUAAGGAAGCCUUUGUUAAACAUGAAGAACGUUUUGAGAAGAAGAAGGUGGAGACAUGGAGAGAAGCUUUGAGAUAUGUGGGCAAUCUCACCGGAUUUCAUUUAAAGAAUAUUAGUCCUGAGACCCAAGAAAUACGAAGCAUUGUGAGACAUAUAUCACAUACAGUUAGAUAUAAAUUCUCUGAACUUAAUAAGGGCCUAGUAGGAAUAUACCCUCAAGCUAUGGAAUUGGAGACUCUUUUAGCUUUAGAUCAAGUUGAUGAUGUUCGGUUUAUAGGGGUUUGGGCAAUGGGGGGAAUGGGUAAAACAACUCUUGUUGAAUUUGUCUAUGAUAAGGUUUUGGAAGAAUUUGACGAUUCUUGUUUUCUUUCUGAUGUGAGGGAAGUUUGUGAGAGACAUCGUUUACCCGCAGUUCAAAAAACCCUUAUUCUUAAACUUUUGAAGGAAAACCAUUUGGAGUAUGAUGAUGAUCAUGAUCUAUCUAACAAAAUCAAGACUAGGUUACGUCACAAAAAAAUUCUUCUUGUUCUUGAUGAUGUAAAUCAAUUAAAACAAUUACGAGGGUUGGCUGGAGACCGAAAUUGGUUUGGUUUGGGCAGUAGAAUUAUCAUAACAACUAGAAAUAAAGAUUUGUUGCAGAAUCAUUCACUAACUAAAUCCGAAAUAUAUGAAGUUAAACCAUUGAAAGAUGAAGAUGCACAUCAUCUUUUUUGUUUGAAAGCUUUUAAUAGAAAGCAUAUUCCAGAUGAAUUUUUAGAAUUGUCAAAGGAAUUUUUAAAUUAUGUUGAUGGUCUUCCUUUAGCUCUUGAAGUUUUGGGUUCCUUUUUGUUCGAAAGAAGUACUGUUGAAUGGAAGAGUGCGUUAGAGAGGCUCUUAGAAGGUAUUGGGGGAAAUGUUAUCGAAGUAUUUGAAAUAAGCUUUGAUAGACUCAAUGAUUGUGUUAAGGAAAUAUUUUUAUAUAUUGCAUGCCUCUUUAAUCAUGAGAAGAAAGAUUAUGUAGUAGAAAUACUACAUAGUCUUGACCUCCACCCAGAUAUUGGAUUGAGGGAACUAAUUGAUAGAUCUCUCUUGAAAAUUUCGAAUAAUAAUGAAUUGUGGAUGCACAAUUUGCUAGGAGAAAUGGGUAGGAACAAAGUUCGUCAAGAGUCCUGUGAUGAGCUUGGGAAGCGUAGUAUACUGUGGCUUUAUAAGGACAUUGAUCACGUGUUGAAAACAAAUACGGGAACAAAAAAUGUUAAAGCCAUAGAUAUCAGGGGAGCCAAGGAAACAAGUAUUUGUCAUGAAGAUAAAGAGGCAUGUUGGAGACCGCAAGGGUCUAUGUUGGUUACGCUUCAAGGGUGGGUUCUAAGCUCUCUAUCGUGGCGAGGGUUAGCUUUUUCGGUUACUCUUCAAGGAUGGGUUCAAAGGACUCUAUCUUGGCAAGGCUUCACAUCAUCAAAAAAACAAAAAGGGCCACUUGGGAACCCUAACGCCUUUUGGAAUACGCCCAAUCUUAAAUUUUUGAGAGUUCGUAAUAUUAAUCUUCUACAUGUCCCCUCACAACUCUCUAAUAAUUUAAGAUUUAUUGAAUGGAAUGAUUAUCCUUCAAAAUCGUUGCCUUAUUUCCUGCCAAAUGAGCUUGUUCAACUUCGUUUGCAGCGGAGCAAAAUUGUAAUACUUUGGGAAGGAAAGAAGGAUUUUGAAAAGUUAAAGCUUAUCGAUUUGGCUUGCUCAUCAAACCUUAUUAUAAGCCCCGACUUCACUGGAGUCCCAAAUCUUGAGAAAUUAGAUUUUGCAGUGUGUUCAAAUUUACGUCAGCUUCACCCAUCCAUUGGUAAUCUAAAAAAGCUUAUUCUUCUAGAUCUAAAACAGUGCAAAGAACUAAGGUGUCUUCCAGACUUUACUGGGGUGCCAAAUCUUGAGAAAUUAGUUCUUGCAGGGUGUUCAAAUUUACGUCAGCUUCACUCGUCCAUCGGGAAUCUAAAAAAGCUUAUUCUUCUAGACCUAGAACAGUGCAAAAAAUUAAGUUGUCUUCCAAACAAGUUUGAAAUGGAGUCUCUUGAAAUUCUUAAUCUUUCCUAUUGUUCAAAAGUCAAGAAAGUUCCAGAAUUUUUGGGAGACAUGAAGCGCUUACAAGAACUUAAUUUGGAAUGCACGGCCAUUACGAAAUUACCUUCAUCUGUUGAAUGUUUGACUAGCCUUAAUAUUUUGACCUUGAGAGGUUGCAAAAAUCUACAGUGUCUUCCCAACACUAUUUGUAGUUUGACAUUGAUUGACAAUCUUUCUCUUUAUAAAUGCUCAAAAUUUCACAAAUUGCCAGAAGACUUGGGGAAUAUCAUAAGUUUGAAGAAUCUUACUUUGUGGGGAACAGCUAUAAAGGAACUGCCUUCAUCAGUUGAAUUUCUGAUUAGCCUUCGUUCAUUAAAUCUAACAGAUUGCAAAAAUUUUGAGUUUCUUCCAAGCACCAUUUGUAGUUUGAAGUCACUAUAUGAAAUUUAUCUUUGUGGAUGCUCAAAAUUUGUCAACUUGCCAGAUAACCUAGGGAAUCUCGAAGGUCUCAGAAUGCUUUUUUUAGAAAGAACAGCAAUAGAAAUGUUGCCAUCUUCAGUUGGAAGAUUGACUGCCCUUUUUGCAUUGGAACUAAGAGAUUGCAAAAAUCUUAUGUGUCUUCCUAACACCAUUUGUAGUUUGAGUAUCAGCCAUCUUAAUCUUUCUGGAUGCUCAAAAAUUGUCUACUUACCAAAGGACUUGGGGAAGAUGAAAAGUCUGCGGAGUCUUCAUUUGAAUGGUACAUCUAUAAAAAAGUUGCCUUUCUCCACUAUUUUAAUUCAAAAUCUCUAUGAAGUACAUUUUAGGGGAUGUCAAUGGCCAUCAUUUUCAUUUGAUCUCAUGCCUAAUUUAUUGCGUUUCUGUACACAUGUAAAAAUUUUGGAUCUUAGUGACUGCCAUCUUUUGGCAAUUCCCAAUAAUAUUGGCUGCUUGUACAAUUUAGGGUCAUUAAAUCUAUGUGGAAAUGAUUUCGUUUCCCUUCCUGAAAGCAUCUCUCAUCUCUUUAAGCUGAGUAGGCUCCUCUUGGAUGGUUGCAAAAGGCUCCGGUCAAUACCAAAUCUUCCGCCAUAUUUUAAUCAUAUAAGUGUAAACAAUUGUACCUCACUGGAGAGAUUGCCAGGACCAAAAAAUAUCUUCAGCCCAGAUCAUUUUAGUUUAUGUUUCAAGUGUAUCAACUGCUUCAAAUUGGCUGACAAUAUUCAAAGCGGCUUUAACAUGCUUCAGGGACAAAGUGGUAAACUACUAGCGAGGAGAUUACCUUCUAUUAUUCCUGGAAGUGAAAUUCCGUCAUGGUUAAAAGAAGUGAAAAUAUGCGAAGAGCCUCAUAGCUCCUUUGUUACUUCUCGGGGUUUCCAAAGAUACGCAAAUGUGAAUCGAAUUUUAAAAACAAAAAAAGUGAACAUACAGGUGCCUUUUAAUGGGUGCGAUGAGUGGGAGGGAAUUCUUUUGUGCCUUGUUUUUGUACCCCGCGAGCGUCAUCAAUACCCAUCUCAAAUUGACGUUUAUUCAAUUGAAGUCGAUGGAGAGCUACAGUUUUCAAAUUUAUAUAGUAUUGGGGGAAGUUAUCGUAAAUUUGAAUCGCAUCACCUUUGGCUGCUCGAAUUUUCCCUUGACCGUUUUCUCUAUACACAUAAGAUGUCGCGCCCUUGCGGCUCUAUUGAUGCGAAGGGAUUCCAUCAAGUUGAGAUGAAAAUAGCUACCGAGGGCAUGGAAGUGGAGAAAAUCGGUUUCGGCUUGAAAUACGAGGGAGAAUUCUUACAGGGCAGCCGCAACCGCAGUGAAGUUGAAAGAAUCCGUCGACAGUAUCUGUUACUUUAAUUGGUCAUUAUGAAAUCUAGGAUUUUACCGUCUCAAACAUAAUUUUAUUCUCUUCUUUUACCUUUUUUUAAUCAGGUUGGAAUAAUACAAAGUUUUCAUUGUUCUCUUGUUGGUGUAAACUGUUAUUUAAUGGAAGAAGAGGACCAAAUGACCUGCCUGGGCUCUCGCUAAAGUGGUCAUGAUCUCAAUUCUCAAAAUGGUAAUGCAUUUAAAUCAACUGCCAAUUUGCUCUUAUUGUUGAUUAGAUCACUUUUCUAUUUUGUGUACUGCAUAUGUAAUGCUCUGUCUUUUUGUUUUUGGCUAAGUAUGUGAAAUGCUCUGUUAAACUUCUAUUUGUAUACUAAUGCAUAUGUAAUCGCUGUUUAUAAUAAUGUUUUCUCUUUUCCUUACCGGCAUUUGGGUCUAUGAUUCAUAUUGAAGAGAUUUCCAAAAGACACCUCACGUGGUUCAGAUGCUGAUUUUGCUCCAUGAUUUGCACUCCUACAAGCAGUUGAUGUUAGAAAAAGAAAAGUAAUGAAAAAGACUUGUUUAAUGGAGGAACUGAUACAAACUACCACUGCAAGUGAAUGGGCAAUGACAGAGCUUCUUCUCAAUCCUGACAUAAUGGCCAAGACAAAGCAAGAACUUGCUGCAACAGUUGGAACAGGACAAAGCAUACAAGAGAAAGAUAUCCUUUGACGUCCCUAUCUACAAGCUGUGCUUAAAGAAACAAUGCAACUUCGAUCAACAGCACCUCUUCUGGUGCCUCGUGCUGAGAUGGAUGUGGAAAUUUGUGGAUCACCAUUCCUUAGCACACCCAAGUGAUUGGCAAUGCAUGGGCGAUAGCCCGAAAUCUCCUGUAGCCCACACAAUUUAUACCAGAGAGUUUCGUGGGCACCAAAGUUUUGGAUUUUAGAGGCACAAGUUUCACUUUUAUUCCAUUUGGGUCUGGGCAGCGGAUUUUCCAGGUUUAGCUCUUGCUGUAAGAAUGCUAAACUUGUUGCUAGCUUCUCUCAUUCACCACUUUGAUUGGAAGCUUUUUCCUGAUCGAAUGGCACCUGAAGGUAUCAACACAAAAGACGAAUUUGGACUUACAUUGCAGAAGGCUAUUCCACAUUUUUCCAUUCCUGUGGUUGUUGCUAAAGUGGGAUAGGUUAUGGACCUUUUUCUGUGUUAUACUAAUGUUGUUAGUAAUGCUACAAGUUGUUAUUCGAUAGUGUGCUAUUGCUGAAUUGAGUGUAAAUUUUUGGGUAGAUUUAAUGUUACCUGGUGCUCUUCAUUUCCAUUU